AUGUCGGGUUCGCCGACUGCGUCGGCUGUGAACCGCGAUGCGAGCGACGCGGCGUACAUGGAGAGUCUUAUAUUUCGGAACGAGGAGCUUCUGCUUGAGGUGGAGAAGCUCCGCGCCAUCAUCCACGAAAAGGGCCUAGACCGGCUUCAGUCUCUGCGCGAGGAGAAUGAGGAGCUGCGGCAGCAGUUGAGGCUCUCAGAGUCCCAUUUGCAGGAGAAGGAGCACCAGCUGGAGGUGCUCGAGUCCGCGUACAGCCGCUUUGACGGCGUCCAUUCCGCACUGCUCGAGCUGGCGGAGCAGCGCAAGGCCGCCUCCGACAUGCUCGAGCAGUUUGAGACCAUCAAGCAGCAGAACUCCGCGCUCAAGACGGAGCUUCUGAAGCUCAAUCGCGCCGAGGAGGAAGCACGCGGGGCGCAGGAGGAGGCGGAGCAGCGCUGUCACAAACUCGACGGCGAAGUUGCGGAAUUUCGCACCGCCCUCGACGCCGCCAUCGCCGCGAGGGACGCCGCGCUGACAGACCGGGAGGCGGCAGAUGCCUCGAGUGCGAACGCGCAGGCACGCGCAAAGGAGUGGCAGGAGCGACACGCCGCCGUAACCGAACAGCUCAGUGCGCUGCAGCAGGAGGCCGACAAGCGGUCGCGCCUCAGGACCGAGAAGCAAGGUGAGGUGACGGAGGAUCUGCGGCGAAUGCAGGAUGAGUUGCUCGUGGCAAGGAGGGCACUCACUGAAAAGGACAACGAGCAAGCAUUGGUGUUGGCGGAACAGCAGGAUAUGCACGAGAAGCAGGGACGCGUGCUUCAGAAUGAGAUAAUGGAUCUCAGGCAGGCGGUUAAAGAGAGGGAAACACAUCUGCAGCAGUACAGGACAAAGGUCGAAGAAACACAGAAGCAGGUUGAUGCACUUAAGGCGGAAAAGGAAAUGUUAGUGCGCCGCUACGAGGCCAACCCUAACGACGUUGCUGAACUACAGAAGCGUCUGAAGGAGCUUCAAGAGGAGACGUCCAAGAAGGAUAUGUUGCAACUCCGCUUUGCGACAAUGCUGGCGAGUUCCACAUCUACAAACAGCGACGUCAAGGAACUCUUCGAGGCGAUGCUAGACUACCAGGAGAGGCGUGAUGAGGAGCUGCAGACGAAGCUUCUCAUUCAACAGAUUCAGGCAGAGGACAUGCAAAAGGUGUAUAAAAUCAACAUCCGAAAGCUCCGCGCAGAGAAUGAAAGCCUUAUGGCUGAAAUUCUCUUUUUGCGCGAAGCUCACGCCGCGGCAGUAGCACCAGGAAGAGGGAGAGGGGGAGGGCGCUUAAACCAAGCAGCUCAUCACGACGCUCCAGCAGCAACAACAACGGCUGGUGCAGUAGGAGAGGACGACGGCACGCCACGGCGCCAUGAGGUGUACCAGGACAUAGAGUCUCCAUCUCCCGCACAGCCGAAGGAAGUGAGGCAUCCGCACAACAUCACGGACAGCGGCAGUAGUCUGCUGGACGACUUGUGGCGCGUCUCCUCGCCGCGGCCGGCAGCGGCGCAGCCGACGGCACGCUACCACGAUCCCCAUGCCCCCGUGCGCGAGGAGACGCGUGCGUCGGAUGUCGUGUGCUGCCCCCGCUGCACGCUCCUCAACCAGAGUAACGCGACCGCCUGUGAUGCCUGCGGUCAUUCUCUCCGACACCCGUGCUGA